AUGUCGGCUCAGAACUCCGCGGGCAUUCAGACCCUCCUAGAUGCUGAGAGAGAGGCUCAGAAGAUUGUGCAGAAAGACCGCACCCAGCGCAUAAGAGACGCCAAGUCAGAGGCCCAGAAGGAGAUCGAGGAAUACAGGAAGCAGAAGGAAGAGGAGUACAAGAAGUUCGAGGGCGAGCACUCGAGCGGAUACAAGGUGGCAGCAGAAGAGGCCGAUAAGGAAGCCGAAGCCAAGCUCCAGGAGAUCAAGGACGCUGGCAAGAAGCAGGGCGAUAAGGUGGUCGCAGACCUCAUUCGUGUGACGACCGACGUCAAGGUCGAGGCGCCUCAGAAGAUCAAGGCAUAA